AUGGAUUUCUCCAACAUUUUUCGGCUGGUGAACCUGGUAGUGGGAGGAAUUAUGGUCCUUGGAGGGAUCAGUCAAUUCUUCCCCAUAGGCUUUCGAAGCAUCAUUGUCGGCAUUUACGUGAUCAUAUUCGGUCUUGCGGUUGCCGGGCUCGAACUCCUACCUCAGGUCCCGCCAUAUGUUCCUCGUUACGCCAGCUUCCUGUUCUCUUUCCUCGGACGUGGCAUCUUUUAUAUCUUUGUCGGUUGCAUCAUCCUUGAAGGCCAUGUGUUGAGGAUCAUCGCUGGAAGCAUCGUUGGAAUCGUUGGCGUGGCUUACUGCGCACUCGAAUUUGCGCCUUCAAUUGAACCUCCCAACAACAUGAGAGACGCAGAUGCGGGAUGGGGAGCCGAACAAGUUUAA